AUGGAGGGAGAAUCAUACCACAAGUCGUGCUUCAAGUGUGCUCAUGGUGGCUGUCCACUUACACAUUCAUCAUAUGCUGCUCUUGAUGGAAUUUUAUACUGCAAGCACCAUUUCCAGCAGCUCUUCAUGGAGAAAGGAAACUACCAACACAUCAAAUCUGCUCAUAAGAGAAGUGGCAGUAAUGCGGAAGCUGUCGAUGUCACUGAGGCGGAGGCGGGGGCGGAGGCCAGGGAGGAGGAGCUUCCAAAGGAGGCUGUGGCAGACACUGAACCAGAAGAAGCUGAUAAAGCAGAAAAACAAUCUUAA